CGAUAGGCGUAGGCAUCCGCAAGCAGUCACGAGUGAUUAUUUCAUAGGGUCUGAUAAAUUGAAGCGAACUCCUCAACGCAGGCUCUUUAAUUGUCCAAUGCUUAGUGAACUGUGAGCAGUGCUUUCUUCUCAAAUCUUGUUGCUCAUCUGAUUUAUUGGCUGGAUUGCCGCGAUCAGUGGUCUAUUUCCAAAUGACGAGGAACAACUCCAUCUCGGAUCCAAGUGACAAAAUAAAGAAAGGCCUAGACAUUCCCUUGGAGGAUGGUGGGGAUAAGGGCGACGAUGUGAAAGGGGGUGAAUUCCUCUCCGGUCAACAGAGGGAAACCAAGUCUCAACGAAGAGCUCGCAUUCUAUCCAUCUAUAUCGUUCACAUUGGCAUGUUCAUUUUCUCACUGGGAUUUUCAAUUGUUCUGACUGGUGUUUAUCCUUACAUGAAACAGUUGCUUCCAAAUUUUGGCUCUGAUGAUCGCAAUGAGGGAGAAGAUGAUCCCUUGCUGGCAGUGUAUGGCUUGGUGGUGGCCAUAAACCCUUUGGGACAGAUGAUAUUCUCGCCGAUUUUGGGCUGGGUGGCCAAUAAGAUGGGCGGUUCAAUUCGUUUGAUUUGUUUGUUUUGUAGUGCUCUGUACUGCAUCGGGAACGUGGUCUACUCGAUUCUGUCUGUGUUCCCCGAGAGCUCGCGUUACCCAAUCCUCAUGGUGGCUCGGUUCCUAAUCGGCGUGUCCUCGGCCAAUGCCGCUCCCAUGCGCUCCUACGUGGCCUCCGCCACAUACCAAAGUGAACGUACGGCCCAAUUGUCCAUCUUGGCCUCAUUUCAAAGUCUGGGUUUCGUGAUUGGCCCCGCAUUUCAAGCUGCCCUCACUCCUGUGCAAUGCUCUGACCUAAUCGAUCAAGAUACAUGGUUUGCUUUGGAUAUGUACACGCUCUCCGGUUGGUUAAGCGCCGUGUUGGGUCUGAUUUCUUUCGUUUUAUUUUUACCUGGAAUCUUUAAGGAGUUUGACGUAGCCGAGGCUGAAGCAGAAGAAGGUCGACGACUGGAUCCCUCCAACAACAACCUUAGUCCCCCGGAUAUGGUAGUCACCAUUUCGUGCAUUUUUAACUUCUUUAUCUACUUGAUUAAUUUUGUUAUCUUGGAGACCUUGGGAACCCCUCUCUGCAUUGAUCAAUUCGGUUGGACAGAAUCAGAAGCCAUCCUUUAUUUAGGCAUAGCCAUGUCUGUAGGAGGCAUCAUUAGCGUCAUAUGCUUUGCAACCGUUGGGCCGCUUUCCAAACGGUUCGAUGAGAGGAAGAUGAUUAUCUUUAUUGGUCUCAUACCCAUGAUCAUUGCUCGCCUGAUUAUGAUGCCAUUCCCUGGGCUGCCUCCUCCACGGAGCCCGGAAACUUUCAAUAGAAGCAGCCCAUUCAGCUCAUACAUGUAUUCAGACGAGAUGAGUACCGAUGAUUGGUCUUACUGGAAUAGAAUCGGCCCUCAAAUGUUCAAUGGACGUGCAAAAGUUCCUUGCGAGUCCGAAUCGUCGGAUUCCUGUCCAUAUGAUUGGUGCACCAAAAUUCCUGGUUUGAAUAUUGUCCAAUUUUUUGUUGGAUUUCUCAUUGCUUUUGGAGGAUAUCCGUAUUGCACAGCGUUGUGUCAAUCAAUAUUCAGUAAAGCUCUUGGUCCACGACCACAGGGAUUGUGGAUGGGAGCCUUAACUGCUGGAGGAUCGUUAGCUCGAGUUUUGGGACCAAUCUUUGUCACUUUUGUCUACCAAAGUCUCGGAACGUAUGCAACAAUGGGAAUUGUCACGGGUUCAAUGGUUCUGAGCUUGAUCAUUACUCUGCUAACUUACAAGAGAUUGGUGCCAUUUAAGAAUAGACAGCCAAAGGUGGAUGAAAAGCAUGUCUUCAAGGAGAACCUUGAGCGAGAGGAAACGGAUCAGAAGCUACAUCUAGAAAUGCAGAAAUCUAUGAAUGGAGAUACUACUCAUUUAUGAUAAAUUACCUGCUUUCAACAUGUCACUAAAGAAGCAUUCAUAGUUCACGAAAUUGAAAAAACGUACUUGUCCCUUUUCAAGUCCACAAGUUAUAAGUCCUGACCAUAAAGAACCAGCAAAAAAGAGAAGAAAAAAAAAAACUUAUCACAAUUGUAUUUAGUCUUGGCACAGGAUGAAUUUUGCAUUGAAUCAAAAAGAACUCCUGAGCAAUUCAGGUUACAGCCAUA